AUGUCCUUAGUUAAAAACGCAUUCAAAUUAAACAACGGUAACGAAAUUCCAGCUAUUUCGUAUGGUGUUGGUACAAAAUGGUUCAAGAGAGGUACAACUGAUAUCGACUCCAAAGUUGUCGAAGCUUUAGAAACAGCUAUCAAACUUGGAUUUCGUCAUAUUGAUGGUGCUGAAGUUUAUGGUACUAAUACUGAAAUUGGUUUAGCUAUCAAGAAUUCCAAAGUUCCAAGAGAAGAAUUGUUUAUUGCUAGUAAGUUCAACUCAGGAAAUGCCACUUAUACUACCAGAUCCAAACUUGGUAAUCCUUAUGAUGCUUUAAAGAAAGAUUUACAAGAUUUGCAAUUGGAUUAUGUUGAUUUAUAUUUAAUUCAUUUUCCAUAUAUUAAGAAAGAAACCCAUGGUUAUAAUUUGGUUGAAGCUUGGAAUUAUUUAGAACAAUUAAAAGAUGAAGGAUUAGCUAAAAAUAUUGGUGUUUCUAAUUUCAAGAUUGAACAUUUAAAGGAAAUCUUGGAAUCUGAUCCAAAAUAUAGACCAAGUGUUAAUCAAAUUGAAUUUAGUGCAUAUUUACAAAAUCAAACCCCUGGAAUUGUUCAAUAUUCUCAAGAACAAGGCAUUUUGAUUGAGGCUUAUGGUCCAUUAAGUCCAGUCAUUCAGGAUGAAGCUGGUCCUUUGGACCCUGUCUUGAAAAACUUGGCUCAAAAGUAUCAAAAGUCAGAGAGUCAAAUUUUGUUAAGAUGGGUAGUAGAACAAGGAGUCUUGCCAGUUACUACUUCAGGUAAGGAAGAUCGAAUUAAGGAUUUCUUAGCUAUUUUUGAAUUUGAGUUAUCCCAGGAAGACAUUGAUGAAAUUACACAAGUCGGGAAACAAAAAACUAUCAGAAGAUACUCCAAGGAGUACGCUACAUAUGAUUAG